GUCUGCAGUUGCUAUGUUACCUCUCACUGUUUGCUAACGUGAAACCUCGGAUGUCGCUGGCGUUUCCCGUAGCGUGUGGGCUGCUAACUAUUUUUAACGAAAACAAAGUCCGUAUUGCCUUUACUGUCUGCAUCCUGGAUCAGCCCUAACUGUUGGCAAGCCAUUAUUCGUGGUGUAAAACACCCGUGUCAUUUCGCUUCUUGAAAGAGAAAGAAUUUAUAUUGCAAACACACACAAAACGGUAGUGGUUGUGAAGGCUAAAUUUCAGUCGCUACGUAAUCUGGGUCAUUCAGGAAGUUUGAGUUAUCGCGAGAGUUGGAAAAACUCUCGAAUUAUCCAUCGUCUUCUUUGUUCACUAAAUACUUUGUUCACUUAACAAAAAAUAAAACAUGAUGCCAUUUGAGUAAUUUUAAUAAACUAAUGCGUUAGAUUUUAACCGCUUGGAAUUUUUUUGUAAUAAAACCUGGGGCGGAACUUCAUUCUACUGUAACCGAACAACGGUUUGAACAUGAAAAAAACCCUGUCUGUGCAUGUGAUAAAAAUCUAAGACAACAUAAAAUAUGCACGAUAACGUAUUAUUAUGGUCUCGUUUUCUGUCGUCCUCACUCAGUGAUCUCUUUUAUCAUGUCAUCUUUUCGGGGGAGAGGCGGAGUUGGCUGCGUCCCCUUUUUUGAAUUUCGUGUUUUUUCCUCCCCUUGGCCUUUGAACGUUCCAUGGUGCCUUGCGUCAGUUUGUAACGAAUUUGGUUCGACAGCACAGUUUAGGCGCCAUUUACAAGUUAGAGUUUUCCAGUAGCAAAGCGGGUUGGAAUGACACGGGUCUGACUUUUGUGGAUUAUACUCGCCAGAGUUUGGAUUAACCAGUAGCUUUUUGGAAAUCGUGCUUUUACGCGCGCAGGACGAAUUUCGACGGAGCUUGUGCACUUUUGUAAGAUUUCAAACCAUGCCACCUAAAACUGCAAAGAGCUCCACUGCGGCCGCCAAGCAUAAAGGGAAAGGGUCGCAGGCUCGGGAUGAGUCAGAGGACGAGCUGGAUGUACCCCCACCAAAAACCGACAACUCCAAUGGUAAAGAGGAGGCACCGCCGACAACUGAUCCGUCUCAGGGGGAAGCUGCCGAGGCGGUUGAUAACCGAAGUUUGGAGGAGAUUCUCGGCAGCAUCCCUCCACCCCCGCCCCCAGCAAUGACCAAUGAACCGGGCGCUCCUCGCCUGAUGAUCACACAUUUAGUCAAUCGCAACUUUAAGUCGUACGCAGGCGAGCAGAUUCUGGGGCCUUUCCACAAGCGUUUUUCCUGCAUCAUUGGCCCCAAUGGCAGCGGGAAGUCCAAUGUGAUAGAUUCAAUGCUCUUUGUAUUUGGAUACAGAGCUCAAAAGAUCCGAUCCAAAAAGCUUUCAGUGCUGAUUCACAGCUCUGAUCAACAUAAAGAUGUCCAGAGCUGUACAGUGGAGGUGCAUUUUCAAAAGAUCAUUGACAAGGAAGGAGAUGACUACGAAGUUAUUCCCAAUAGCAAGUUCUAUGUUUCCAGGACUGCCAACAAAGACAAUUCCUCAGCCUACCAUAUUAAUGGCAAGAAAUCCACAUUUAAAGAAGUGGGUGUUUUACUUCGCAGCCACGGUAUUGAUCUGGACCACAACAGAUUUCUGAUCUUACAGGGCGAAGUGGAGCAGAUCGCCAUGAUGAAGCCCAAAGGUCAGACGGAGCACGAUGAGGGCAUGCUAGAGUACCUGGAGGACAUUAUCGGCUCCUGCCGCCUCAAGGAGCCCAUCCAGACCCUGACUCGCCGGAUUGAGAUUCUAAAUGAGCAGAGAGGAGAGAAGCUGAACAGAGUGAAGCUGGUGGAGAAGGAGAAGAAUGCUUUGGAAGGAGAAAGGAACAAAGCUGUGGAAUUCCUUACCCUAGAGAAUGACAUUUUCAAACACAAGAGUCAGCUUUGCCAAUAUUAUGUUCAUGAUCUUCAGAAGCGUGUGGUGGAUAAACAGCAGGAAAAAGAGAACAUUGUGGAGAACACCAAGGAACUCACAGAGAAAAAUGCAAAAAUAUCAGAAGAUAUGGAGAAAAUGAACCAGGAGCUCAAAAAUGUGGAGAAGAAACAAAACAAGAUCAACAAGUACAUCGAGACGCAGAAGGAGAAGUUCACCCAGCUGGACCUGCAAGACGUUGAAGUGCGGGAAAAGAUUAAACACUGCAAGAGUAAGAAAAAGAAACUGCAGAAGCAGCUGGAAAAAGACAAGGAAAAGCUUGAAGAAGUACGUAAUGUUCCGGGCAACAGUGAGACGGCCAUCUCUGAGGCGACAGUUCGCAAGGAAGAGCUGGAAAAGCAGAAGGUGAAAGAGGAGGAAAAGCUGGAAGCAGUGAUGGAGAGUCUGAAGGAGGAGACCAGUGGUCUGCAGCAGGACAAGGAGACCAAAGAGAAGGAGCUGAUGGAACUCAGUAAGACUGUGAAUGAAACACGUUCACGCAUGGACCUGGCUCAGUCUGAGCUGGACAUCUAUCUCAGCCGCCACAAAACAGCAUUGACGCAGCUCAACACAGCCAAGCAGACACUUCAGACGACCUCCGACACUCUGAGGGAGCGGCGCGCUGCCCUGAAGGAUUUAGGUGUUAAAAUACCAGAGACUGAAAAGCAGCUCAAAAAGGAUCAAGCAGAGCUGGAGCAGCUGCUGAAGGAGGACAAUGAAACCAGAGGGGUUGUCCGGGAAAUGAGGCAGAAGGUGGACGAGGCCAAGAGCUCUCUGUCCUCCAACCGCAGCCGUGGAAAGGUACUGGACGCCCUCAUGGAGCAGAAGAAAAGGGGCAAGAUCCUGGGAAUUUAUGGAAGACUGGGAGACCUUGGGGCCAUUGAUGAGAAGUAUGACGUAGCCAUUUCCUCCAGCUGUGGAGCUCUGGAUAACAUUGUAGUGGACACAAUCGACACAGCUCAGAAAUGUGUGACAUUCCUCAAAGAGCAGAACAUUGGCGUGGCCACCUUUAUUGGUCUGGACAAGAUGAAGGUGUGGGAGAAGAACAUGGCUCCCAUCAAUACUCCUGAGGACAGCCCCCGGCUUUUUGACAUGGUGCAAGUGCAAGACCAAAACGUGCGUCCAGCUUUUUACUUUGCCCUCAGAGACACUCUCGUGGCCCAGGACAUGGAGCAGGCCACCCGGAUGGCUUUCCAGAGGGACAGGCGGUGGAGGGUGGUGACCCUGAAGGGACAGAUCAUUGAGAUGGCUGGUACCAUGACUGGAGGAGGAAAAAUCCUGAAGGGCAGAAUGGGAUCUUCUAUUGGCACAGAGAUCUCCCAGCAGGAGCUCGAUCAUAUGGAGAGCAAGCUGAACGAGAAGGUGUCCAAACUCCAGAGGUGCCAGGAGAAGAAGCUGCAGCUGGAGGAGACGGUUCAGCGUCUGCAGCCGCAGCUCCGAGACAUGAAGAACACCCUGGAAAAAUACACCAAAAGCAUGACUAGUCUUGCUGAUCAGGAGGCUCAUCUGAAACUUCAGAUAAAGGAACUGGAGGCCAAUGUUCUGGCAGCCGCCCCAGACAAAGCCAAGCAGAAGCAACUGGAGAAGAGCCUGGAAGCCUUCAAGAAAGACUAUGAGGCAGCUUCUGUCAAAGCAGGGAAAGUGGAGAAUGAGGUGAAGAGACUCCAUAACCUGAUUGUUGACAUCAACAGUCACAAGCUAAAGGCUCAGCAGGACAAGCUGGACAAGAUCAACAAAGAGCUGGAUGACUGCUCGUCCACCAUCACCAAGGCCAAAGUAGCCAUAAAGACGGCCGAUCGUAACCUGAAGAAGAGUGAGGAGAGUGUGAGUCGUGUGCAGGAGGAGCUGGAGGAGAAUGAGAAGUUGAUGCUGGAGCUCACAGAACAGCUGAAGAAACUGGAGGACGAAGCUGGGGAGACCAUGAAGGCCUGUGAGGAGGCUGAGACUGCUCUUCCUGAGGUGCAGGAACAGUACCAGGGUGUGCUGAAGGAGAUAAAGAUCCUGCAGCAGCAGGAGCAUGCGCUGCAGGAGCAGUCGCUCAGCGUCCGUCUGAAGGUGGAGCAGAUCGACGCCAGCAUCUGUGAACACAACAAUAAGAUCAAACACUGGCAGAAAGAGGCUUCAAAGUUGUCUCUUCACAGCAUGGAAGACAAACCAGCAGAAGAACUUCCUGUUUACUCUGCAGCUCAGCUGGAGGAAAUCUCUGACCCGAAUGUCAUCAUCAACAAGAUGAUCACCUUGGAGGCGCAGUGUGCUCAGAUGAAGCCCAACCUGGGAGCCAUUGCUGAGUACAAAAAGAAGGAGGAGCUGUACCUGCAGCGUGUUGCUCAGCUGGACGAGAUCACCUCAGAGAGAGACAAGUUCAAGCUGGCCUCCGAGAACCUGCGCAAACAGCGUCUCAACGAGUUCAUGACAGGCUUCAACAUGAUCACCAACAAGCUGAAGGAAAACUACCAGAUGCUGACACUUGGUGGCGAUGCAGAGCUGGAGCUGGUGGACAGCUUAGAUCCUUUCUCUGAGGGCAUCAAUUUCAGCGUUCGUCCUCCAAAGAAGAGCUGGAAGAAGAUCUUCAAUCUGUCAGGAGGAGAGAAGACGUUGAGCUCCCUAGCUUUGGUGUUUGCUCUGCACCACUACAAACCCACACCACUCUACUUUAUGGACGAGAUCGACGCUGCGCUGGAUUUCAAGAACGUCUCCAUCGUUGCCUGUUACAUUUACGAACAAACAAAGAAUGCUCAGUUCAUCAUCAUCUCUCUGAGGAACAACAUGUUCGAGAUUGCAGAUCGCCUCAUCGGCAUCUACAAGACUCACAACACCACCAAGAAUGUGGGAAUCAACCCCAAAACCAUUGUUUUGAAGGCGCAGCAGGCUGUCACAGCUUAGGACUGAAGAAACCUGGGUUUUUAUUUUUUCCUUUUCUCACAGAUGUAUAUAUUCUGUUUGUGUAAAUGUUUGUCUCUUCUAUCAACUACAUGCUGCUAUCUUUUACUCUAUGAAUCAAUAAAUGUCUUCUUAAAGUU